AUGGACAUGUCAUCCGCCGUUCAAGUUCUGCAUUGGAACCAAAAGCUGAUGUCCAUUUUGGGCCUUUGGCCACUGGAUAAAAACGACAAGCGGUAUGCCUUCGGCAUAAUGUGUUGUCUGAUUCAUUUAACUUUUCAACAGGCAGACCUUUACAAAUUUGGAACAACUUUUGAACACGUUGUGGCGAAUCUCUCGAUAAAUAUGGUUCACUCGUCAGUCACGAUUCGACUAAUUACUCUACGUAUCAAUAGCCGAACACUCGGAAAAGUAAUGCGGGAAGUUCAGGCGGAUUGUAUCGAGACAAAUUAUGAAACAUUUACGGAAAGAAAAAUCUUUUUACAUUACCAUAAGAUGGCCCGGCUUUUCAUCAUGAUAUCAGUACCGAUGACUGUCGUUUUAGUCUUUCUCGUCUACCUGUUACCUCUCAGCGGUGUGCUAGGGACCAUCAUAGUGACCCGAAAUACAACAGUGGAGUUAAAAUUGCCAUACCACAUGUAUGUAUUCUAUGACGUGUCAAAAGUUCGACCAUACGUACUGACAUACGCCGCUCAGCUUCCGUUCGUCGUUUUCGUGGGUUUUGGAAGCGUUGCCCCCACUUGUUUAGUCGCUAGCUUGACAUUCCACAUGUGUGGUCAGCUGGCCGUCCUGGUGGAACGAAUCAACAAUAUAAAGACUGAUGGUCAAAAUUGUGCGCUGGCAAUAAAAAUGCUUGUCAAGCAGCACGUGCGGUUGAUACGGUUGACGAAGUCCGUGGAUGACGUGUUCAACAUUUGCAUGUUGUUUCAACUCGUUACAGAUAUGAUACUUAUGGGUAUUCUGACCUUCUACGUUUUGGCGUCUGCCAUCGAAGAUCAAACUACUGGUUUGGUUACCUUUCUGCUGUACGUUGUGGUUGUGACAAGUUAUAUCUUCGUCUUCUGCUGGGGGGGUGAAAAACUUGUUGAAGAGAGUACUAAUAUACAUGACGCAUUGAGUGCGUGUCCAUGGUAUGACAUGCCAUCAGCUCACGCCAAGAUGCUUAUCAUAUGCAUGAUCAGGGCGCAACAGCCGCUCACGAUGACAGCUGGAAAAUUCUACGAAUUUACUCUAAUCAAUUUUACAAAUAUUUUAAAAACGUCGAUGGCAUACGUGUCAGUGUUACGAAACAUGAUUUAA